AUGCCAGGCGUAACAAACAGGGAGCGAACAAGUAGCAUUAGGCGAGAAGCCAUGGCCGGACAACAUGAAGGAGAAGUCAUGAUUGCUGGAGAACAACUCAGGUUGAGGCUUCACGAUGAAAAACUGAUCAGGGACCGGCACCACCACCUGCGCACGUAUCCAAACUGCUUUGUGGCCCAGGAACUCAUAGACUGGCUGGUGAGCCAUAAGGAAGCUCCAGAUCGAGCAACCGCUGCCUGCCUCAUGCAGCACCUCAUCGAUCAUGACAUUGUUCACCAUGUCUGUGAUAAGAGGACAGUAUUCCAGGAUGCCAAACUGCUGUACCGUUUCCGCAAGGAUGAUGGCACAUUUCCCUUCAAUACAGAGGUGAACAUCUACAUGCGAGGACAACGAUUGUAUGAACAUCUCACAGGGACCAAGAACUCCAUUCUGAAGCUGAGAGAGGAGCAUGGGGUUGCAAAUCAGCGCUCCUUUCCUGGCUGCCUGUUGAUUGACUGGCUCCUUCAGAACGGAGAGGCAGAGAGCCGGCAUAAAGGACUGGAGCUGUGCCGCGCAUUGCAGGAGCAUGGCAUCAUUCAGCACGUGGCAAAGAAGCACGAUUUCUUUGACAGUGGACUGCUCUAUCAUUUCUGCAUACAUUUUCGCCACCGCCGCCGCCUAUCUGAACUGUUAAAUGAAAGUGAACAAGACAAUGACGAGGAUGUGGUAGUGUUGACACAAGAGGACAACCAUGCUGAGAGUCCAUUUGUUCUGCGCAAAAGCCUGCCUCAGGAGGGCACACCAGCUUUCCAGUGUGUGAGGUCGAGUAAGGACCUGAAACAGGUUACUAGUGGGCAUCGAGGCACCCUGAAUUCCCUUAAGCUUUGGUCUGCUGGAUUUCCACCACUUGUCCAACAGUCUUCGACUUCAGUGGUGAGAUGCAAUCCUAAAUCAGUACUUAGAAGAAAUUUUACAUGUGAAGAGUUAUUGGCCCCUGGUGCACCCUUCAUCAAGAGAGUGUUGACAGUGAUAGGAGAUGCCCUGGGCUGGGGCUUUGUUGUCAGAGGCAUGGCUCCCUGUUACGUGCAGGCUGUUGACCCUGGAAGCCCUGCAGCAGCUGCAGGAGUUAAGGUGCGGCAGUUUGUGUGCCAGGUGAAUGGACAGUGUGUUCUCCACCUGGACCAUAGGACAGUCUCCAAACUGGUGAUGACAGGAACUCGCACUGCUGUACUGGCAGUUAUGGAACCACUGGAAUGA